GUCGAAAUGCAUUUGUUAUGGCAUUAAUAGACCUUGAGUUUUUAUUAUUGUGAAGUGCUUGUGUUGUCUUCUAUAAUGUCGGAAAGCUCUUGUGUAAACUCUGGGGUCCCGCAGCGCCUGAUGCCUCUGGCCCUCAGAGGAGAAUGGGUGGCAUUAGAACAGAAACUCAAGACUUUGGAAAAGGGAGACCCGGAGAUCUUCCAAAAUGACGAGCUGUCGGGCUUGAGUCUGCUGAUGGUCGCUGUGCGAGAGAGCCGUUUGUCUGUCGUUGACAGGUUGCUGGAACUGGGGGUCAGUCCAAGUGACAAAACAAAGGAUGGCAGAUCAGCGUUACAUAUCGCCGCAGCUCACUCCAAAGACGAGAUUGUCAAACUUCUGGCAAGAAAGACCGAUCCCAAUUUACCAGGAGGGCCCAAUGAUCAGUUGCCCCUGCACUACGCAGCAUCUCGACCCACCGGUGGACUCGCCAUCAUGCAAACGUUACUCAAGUUCAGCUGCAAAGAUGCUCGAAUUACUCCAGACAAGGACGGCUGCCUGCCGCUGCUGCUAGCUGUCGAAGCCGGUAAUGUUGUAAUUGCACGAGAACUCCUCACUGGGCAAUCAGAACCGCAGCUCCGAGCCGUGAAAAUAGGCAAUGGCGACACAGCGCUUCACAUCUGCUGUAGACGGAAAGAUGUCGAGAUGGCCAAAGUCCUGGUGGAGUUUGGGGCGAAUCCGGACUCUCAGAAUAAUGACUGGCAGACUCCUCUACACAUCACAUCUUUUGAAGGAGACGAGAACAUGCUGAAGUUCUUAUACCACUGUAAAGCCAAUCCCAAUAUUUUAGACAAGAUGGACAGAUCUCCGCUUCACAUCGCGGCUGAGCAGGGCCACACCAAUGUAGUCGAGAUCCUCACCGAGAAAUUCAAGUCAUGUGUAUUAGCAAGGACCAAGGAUGGAAACACGCUGUUGCAUAUCGCAUCCCAGUGUGGUCACCCUGGAACGGCACUCACGUUCCUGAGGAAAGGCGUUCCACUGCACAUGCCAAACAAGUCAGGAGCGGUGUGUUUGCACGCGGCUGCUAAGAGAGGCCACACGGCUGUAGUAAAAGCUUUGCUCCAGAAGGGGGCACAUGUGGAUGCCACUGCUAAAGACGGCCAGACGGCUUUGCACAUCGCAGUGGAGAACUGCAAGCCGCAGGUGGUGCAGAUGUUACUGGGAUUCGGGGCACACGUGCAGCUCAGAGGAGGAAAGGGGCAGGAAACACCUCUACAUAUCGCAGCAAGAGUAAAAGAAGGGGAACGGGUGGCUCAGAUGCUUCUGAAGAGCGGAGCGGAAGUGAACGCAGAGCAGGAGAACGGGGAAACCGCUAUGCAUGUUGCCGCCCGUUACGGCGCUCUGCAGAUGAUACAAGCUCUGGCACAGGAGGGAGGAGACGUCACCUGGACAUCUAAGGUUGGAGAAAAUCCUCUUCACGUUGCCGUGCGUCACUGUCACGCCCAUGUGGUGGAGGAGAUUUUAAACUAUCUGACUUAUGAGAGAAGCCGCCAGGAGGCAGAGCUCUGUGUCCGUCAGGGGAACAAGAACGGCGAGACACCGCUGCAUCUGGCAGCUGAGCUCAGGAGAGACGCAGCGCAUCAGACGGAUGAGGACAUCCACAUCAUCAAGAUUCUGAUGGAGCAUCAUGCUGACAUCACAGCAGUCACCAGACAGAAUGGAGAGACGCCGCUACAUUACAGUGCCAGGGUGGGAAACACCGCUGUACUUCAGGAGAUGCUCAGUAACGUCUCUACCAACCAGCUCCAAACAACCAUUAACAAACACUCGAAGAACGGCUGGUCUCCAUUGCUCUUGGCAGCAGAACAAGGUCACACAGAGGUCGUCAGGGUUCUACUGCAGAAUAAUGCCAGAGUGGACGUGUUUGAUGAGGAAGGGAAAGCCGCCCUCCAUCUGGCUGCAGAACAGGGUCAUCAAGACAUCGUCGACAUCCUGCUGUCUCAUAAGGCCUUUGUGAAUGCUAAGACCAAACUGGGUCUGACACCGCUGCACCUGAGCGCUCAGAGCGGGACAUCCCGACUCGUCAGGCUGCUGGUAGAGACCCAUCAGGCCAGUAUUGAUGCUCUCUCUCUGAGAAAACAGACCCCUCUGCACUUAGCAGCCAUCAGCGGACAGCUCGACGUUUGCAACAGCCUGUUAAGCUUGAAUGCCGACAUCACUGCCACAGAUAUCCACGGUCAGACACCUCUUCAUCUGGCAGCUGAGAACGAUCACUCAGAGGUGGUGAAGUUGUUUCUGAGGCAUAGACCAGAGUUAGCCACGCUAGCUAACAUGGAGGGUGCGACUUGUACACACAUCGCAGCGGCUAAAGGAAGUGUGGCCGUCAUUAAAGAAUUGCUCAAGUUUAAUCAAAGAGGACUUCUCACCAUUAACAACAAGGCUAACGGCUUGUGUCCACUGCAUUUGGCUGCUGCUGGAGGUCAUAUGGAGGUGGUGAAAGUUCUUCUGGAGGCUGGAGCUUCAGUGACAUUGGAGGAUGUAGAGGGAAUGACCGCCGUACACUUGGCUGCCAAGAAUGGACACACACAUAUUCUGGAGGUGCUCAAAGCCAGCGUUUCACUCAAGAUUCAAAGCUCAAAGACAGGGUUAACAGCUCUGCACGUGGCAGCGUGUUUCGGUCAGGUGGACUUUGUGAGAGAAAUCCUGACUAAAGUUCCCGCUACGAUCCGCAGUGAAUUUCCCGCUAACAGCAGCAGUAGCGGCAGCAAAGAAGACGUGAUGCGUCAACAACCAUUAACUGAGUCAGGUUACACUCCUCUACACCUGGCGGCUCAGUCGGGUCAUGAGAACGUGGUUCGGUUGUUGUUGAAUUCUCCCGGAGUUCAGGCUGAUGCGGAAACAGACAUACAGGGUUCCACCCCUCUCCACCUUGCGGCUCAGAGCGGACACACAGCUGUGGUUGGUCUGCUGCUCAGCAGGUCUGGAUCUCUGCUGCACCUGACGGACAGACGCGGCUGUACCUGUCUUCACUUGGCCGCCGCACACGGACAUGUGUCCAUGCUGAGGGUUCUGCUGGGACAGGGAGCUGAAAUUAACCAUACAGACAAGAGUGGCUGGACUCCACUGCACUAUGCUGCUAAAGCGGGUUGUCUUGAGGUCGUGUCAUUCCUGGUGGAGAGCGGCGCGUCACCGUGUGUGGAGUGUCAUGCUGGACAGACCCCAAUGCAGUACGCUGCUCAGGAGAACCACGAGUCCACCGUCAUAUUCCUGCUCAGAAGAGAGAAGAACACGCUACGUCUACUGGAAGACAAGAAGUUUGUUUUCAAUCUGAUGGUGUGCGGGCGGAUGAAUGAUAAUCUUGCUCUGGAAGAGUUUGUCCUGCACUCUGCUGCUCCACUGGAUACAGCUGUCCGUCUUUCACGAGCUCUGACUCUGGCCGCACUUAGAGAGAAGGAGCGUUCAGUCGACCUGCACGCUGCUGCUCGUCACUGUGAGGUCAUGGCUUCUGACCUCUUAACUCUAGCUGCCUUGGCAGGGGGUCUCGGUGCAGGUCCAGUCCUCCGGGCUGUGGACCGUCGAGGUGCCAGUGUGCUGGACUGCCUAAUCGAGGGGAGACAGAAAGGUGUGGUGUCUCACCCAGCAGUGCAGAAGUACCUGACGGAUGUGUGGUACGGAAGCCUGCAAUGGGACUCGUGGAAGAUUCUUCUGUUGUUCUUCUGCUUGCUUCUCUGUCCUCCUCUGUGGCUCGCCCUCUCACUGCCACUCAGACACAGCUUCAACACCAUCCCCAUUGUGAAGUUCAUGAGUCAUCUGGUGUCGCAUGUCCUCCUGUUGGCCCUAUUCAUCCUGACGAUUGUUUACCCACCCAUAAGCCCGCUCUCUGAAGGCCGUCUCGUACCCGGCUGGUCUGAAUGUCUCUUGCUGAUCUGGCUGUGUGGAAUGCUGGUAUCUGAACUGACCUUCCCAGGUGAACGCACUGGUUUAGCAUGGAUUCGACUGCUCCUACUAGGGUUUUCCGCUGCUGCGCUGCUCUGCCACAUCAUGGCUGUCUUCUCCCAGUGGUGGCCACCGGCUCAUCUUCACUGUCUGUUUGCCCGGAACGUCCUCCUUGCCGUUGCAAUGACGUUGGGAUUUAUACAACUUCUGGAAUUCUUGACAUUCCAUCACUUGUUCGGCCCAUGGGCCAUCAUCAUCCGAGACUUGAUAAAAGAUCUGUGCCGUUUCGCUGUCAUCCUUAUGCUAUUCCAUACGGCUUUCACGUUGAGUCUCACAGCCUUAUGCCAACCUCUAUAUCCACCAGAAAGUCUUCAGGAUUCAAACAGUACAGUCAAUGCUACAGAAGUCACUGUGCCUGGCCCUUUAAAUAUGUCUGUGCUGCUGUUCUUUGCAUUGUUUGGUUUGACCGAACCGGAUAAAAUUCCCGAUGUGGAACGGUCCCCUCCGGCGACGGCUAUUUUGGCUAAAAUGGUUUUUGGUGUUUAUCUGGUGGUGACGUUUAUUGUGUUAAUCAACCUGCUCAUUGCCAUGAUGAGUGACACAUACCAGCGCAUCCAGGCUCAGUCCGACACAGAGUGGAAGUUCGGCCGCGCCAUUCUGAUUCGAGAUAUGAGCCGCAAGUCUGGAAUUCCAUCUCCAUUAAAUCUUUUCACCAAUCUGUUCUACUACAUCAAGUUUCUGUGCAAACGUGGAGGUAAGAUGUGCUCUGGUGAUGGUGAUGAUCUGAUGAAUGAAGACAUAAAUGCUGAAGGCCUGUCUGAUUCUCGCUCACUUGAUCUGCUUGCUCAAACAUCCGUCAGUUGGGUCAAAGGAAACAAGAGAGCACAGAUACUCCCUGAGGAUGGUCAGAUUACGCUGUCCAGGACUGGCGGACAGUUGCGCGUGGAGAAUGUUGUUGAUUGGCCGUUGGUGGUCCAGCAGUUUUUAACUCGGCAUCGACAGAGAGACAGAUCACCAUCUGAGACGAAUGACCAACCUCUUCAUCAUGACAGAUGAGUUUGCACUGACUAUUAGCAUCACUCUCACACCUGAGCCCAGAUCCACCUCGACUUCCUGUCUAAUGCAGUAGCAUUAGCUUUAGCUUGUCUGCAACCUUCGUCUAUUUCUCAUAUUCACUGCUCACUAGUCACUUUAAUGAAAGAUGUCAUUUUAAAGCUCAUAAUUAGUGUGUGUGUGUGUUGUGAUGUCGCCUCAGUCAAAUCAGAAUUGUGUCAGUCUAUUGCACUUUUCCAAGUGGGAAGUUGGAAAUACGUUGAGUUCAAUGAGUUGAGUUCAGUGGAAUGCAGCAUUAUACAAUGAGAAAAAAACGCUAAAGCACUGCCACAAGGGUGUUUUACAGUAUACAUGUUUUUUUUUUACUACCAGUGCCGCAGAAAUAUCAGUGUUAAUGAUAUGCAUGAAUAUCUUUAUUUUUUCUUUGUCCUUUUUUAUCAAAUUUUAUUUCUACGGAACCUAUAUAUAAAUGACACUCAUGCAACAUAUAGUUAUAUAAUAAUCUACUGUAUAUGCACCACAUGUUUAUUGAAAUGAUACUUUAAUAUGUGUUUUCAGGGGUCUGUUCUCUCAACUUUGUUUUGAAAUGCUGCGUUCACAUUGUGUCGAAAUUACUGUAGUAAAUCUUCUUAUUCUACUCAUAGUGCCAUAAUGUGUGGCUUUGUUGGUAAUGACAGCAAAAUAUUUAAUCAUGACAUUAAUUCAUCUCUAUACACUCUCACAAAUGUUUAAAGAACAAAGAACAGACUGAUUAUUGGCUAAAAUAAAAUGGUAUAUCAAACAUGUAGCUGCUACCAAAUUAAAUUAUUUGUAAUAUUUUUUUUUCUGCCCUUUUUCUCCCCAAUUUGGAAUGCCCAAUUCCCAAUGCGCUCUAAGUCCUCGUGGUGGCGUAGUGACUCGCCUCAAUCCGGGUGGUGGAGGACGAAUCUCAGUUGCCUCCGCGUCUGAGACCGUCAAUCCUGCGCAUCUUAUUACGUGGCUUGUUGAGCGCGUUACCGCGGAGACGUAGCGCGUGUGAAGGCUUCACGCUAUUCUCCGCGGCAUCCACGCACAACUCACCACGUGCCUCACCGAGAGCGAACCACAUUAUAGCGACCACGAGGAGGUUACCCCAUGUGACUCUACCCUCCCUAGCAACCGGGCCAAUUUGGUUGCUUAGGAGACCUGGCUGGAGUCACUCAGCAUGCCCUGGAUUCGAACUCGUGACUCCAGGGGUGAUAGUCAGCGUCAAUACUCGCUGAGCUACCCAGACCCCCCAAAUUACAUUUAACUGUUACACCAAAAAAUCUGAUAUCACAUUGUAUAAGGGGGUAAAUCGAAGCUUUAAUAAAAUUCAGGGUUUCCAACUAGUGAUUACGAGCUCCAUAAAAUGUAACCGUUUCGGUCAGAAAAUUGCUGUAAUUCUGUCAAUAAUGUGAAUGCAGCAAAAGUCAUCCUGUUUUUUUAAAGCUGAAGAAUGUAAUUUCUGUGACACUACCACCACUGAAAGGAAUCGCAAAAAUAAACGAUGUUUUCAAAACAGCUUUCCGAAUAUCCCCUCGUUUGCAGAUGUUCAAACCAUCAAAUAUUUCCGCCCCCCAACUCAUGCCAUUGGUUGAAUAACGUUGUUGGGGCGGGUCUAAUCUGGUCUCUCAAAACAAACAUGAAUUUUUAAACGCCACAGAAAGACAGUGUUUACAGUUUUCGAUAAAUUAACCUGUGAAUGGCUUACUUAUCGUUGUCUCUGCAAGUAUUUUAACACACAACAAAAUACAUACUUCAGCUUUAAAUCAUAUUAUUAUGAUGUCAACAAUCUCACAAAUGUUCCUAAAUUUUUUGUUUCUGCACUUGGACUGUCCUGAAAACAGAAAUAAAAACAAUUGCAUCAUGGGGGAAUACUAAAAUGAAAACCUGCCUUAUUGUUAUAUAUUCAAGCGUAUGAAGCAUAUCAACAAUGACAUCAUCAUUAUUUCCAAUAAUAACACUGUUUGUCCUUUACUGAUGUUAUUGUUGAAGAGAAACUGUGGUAUUCCGUUCUGAUUUUACGACACACCUGAUCUUUCAUCUGCUUUGUAUCCUGAACGACCAAGCUCAACAUGUCUGUCCCACCAAGAGAUGCAAUUACAGUUACAGUUCCACUGCCGGAACCAAACCAGAAAUGCCAAAUGUAAACCAGAUUUGGCUCACUCUAUGUUGCUCUCUGGGACAUCUUCAGAUUAAUACAAAUUGAUGUAUAUAAGUUAAUAAAUA